AUGUCUGGUUGGUUUAAUAUCGAUACAAGUAAAUUAACACAAUUAGCAACAAGUACUUUAAUAAAUGCACAAAAAACCAUAGAUAAAGUCCUCGAUAUCAAGGAUGGACCUCCUGGUACAGAAUCUCAACCGAUAGCAAGUAAUACAGGAGCCCUCACUACGCAAACGACAACUGAUGAAUUUUUUUCGACAUUUCUUGGCAACCAAAGACCUCCAACACCGAAAAUAGAAAACGAAGAAAAAACAGAAAAAGAUGCUGCAUCAUUUUCCAGUUGGAAUGCAUGGAGUGAUAAUAAUAAUGCAUCAUCACUGAUUUCUUCUCAAUCCCAAUCGGAUGUAAUUACAAGUGAACAGCAGAAUAACAACGAAGAAGAAAAACCAACAGUAUUAGAAUCUAUUGAUAUACAAACACCAUCAUUAUCUAUAACAGAAUCUAUUGAUACGCAACAACAACAAACACAAUCAUUAUCAUCAUUAGGUGAAUCGUCAACAAUAACAGAAAGUUCUAGUAGUGAAAGUACUAAUUCAUUACGACCAACAUUAAGUAUUCCAUCGUCUGAAUCGACGAUUAUUGGUCCUAUUUUGGAGAAUAAAACUGAUGAACAACAUACAUUUAUACAUACAGAAUCUGAUACCGAAGAUCGAUCUCAAAUAAUUCCUUCGUUUUCAUCUAAUAAACGUGAUGUUAUUGAUUCUUGGAUGAAUAAUCGAGAAAAUAAUACUUCUGAAAACAAUAUCGAGCAAUCAUUACAUGAUAUAAAUGAUAACGAUUCAUCAUCUCUAUUAUAUACAUCAUCAUAUCCACCCAAUGAAUUUUUAACAUCAUCCUUGACUGAUGAUGAUUUAACACCAACACCUGUAGUCACAACUGAUCAUGAUAAAGAACAACAUUUAGCAACUGUUUCAACAGAUGAAGAAGAUGAAAAUCUUUUAGUUGAACAAUCAAAUUCACCAACUCAUACAUUAUCAUCUUCCAAUGGACAUGAUACACACAGUAAAGAUUCAUCGGAUGAUGGUAAACAAACAUCCUGUGCAUCAUCAGAUAUUGAAGUAAUUUCAUCUCCAAGUGUUACUAGUGGUUUAACUCUGAAUACAACAGAAACAUUUGAUAAAUGUCGAGAAUUACGUGAUGCUCGACGACCAGUUGUACGAGAGGUUGUUGUUCGUUUUCCAUCACAUUCAUCAAAUCUAACAUAUCAUCAUCAUCCAAUAUCGAUAGAUAAUAUUGACAAAAACUUAACAUUAAAUUGUGAUACUUCAUCAUGGUCAACUUUAAUUGAUGAAGCAGCUACAGAACAGAAUAAUUAUGAACCCUCAAAUGAUGAAAUCGAUGGUGAUGAUAAUCAACAAAAAUUUCAUAUGUCAGAAACUGCUAAAGAAUUAGGUGAAUUAAAAGAACGUCUUGAAUUACGUGAACGAGAUUUUAAAAAAUUAACAAAUGAGUCGAAUGAAUUGCAUCGAACAAAUCAAUCAUUAAAACAAUCAUUAACAGAAUUAGAACAACGUACAACUCAAUUGACGAAUGAAUUUCAGCAAACAAUUGAAAAUCUUUCGAUGAAAAUUGAAGAACAAAAACAUAUUUCACAAGAACGCGAUCAUCUUCGUAAACAACUUGAUACAUUACAAAAGCAAUUAUUUGAUAGUUCAACAUCAUCUGGUAAUGCAAUGGCUGUAUUACGUGAUAAAGAAGAACAAAUACAACAAUUACUUGAAGAAGGUGAAAAACUAUCUAAAACACAAUUACAACAUACAAAUAUAAUAAAAAAAUUACGAGCUAAAGAGAAAGAAAAUGACGCUCAUCAAACAUUACUUAAUACAAGAAUUGAUAAAUUGACAGCUGAAUUAGAUGAUGCAAAGAAAAAUUUAUUAGAAAAAGAAGAAAAUGAAAAACAAUUAAAAGAAACCGUUAAAAAACUUGAAAAAUCUGCUGUACAUUAUGAAAAAGAAUGUAUAUCAAUAAAAUCUUUAUAUGAAGAUGUUGAAGAACAAAUUCGUAGUACCAAAGUUGCACUUGAAAAUUCCUACAAAGAAAUAGCUGAAUUGAAUAAAACAAAAGCAGCAACUGAAAGUAAAGUUGUUGAAGCAACAUUAUCCGCAGAAAUUGUAUUACGUGAAGAAAUUCGUAUGGCACUUGAUAAAGAACGUUUACUUUCUCGACAAGAACAAGAAAAAUUACAAAUGACUAUUGAUGAAUUAAGACAUUCCAUUCAACGUAGUGAAAUACAACUUAAUCGAAGAGAACAAGUUUUAAGACAAGAAGUUAAUGAUCUUCGACAACGACUUCAAGAAUCUGAAUCACGUAAUGAAGAACUGACACAAAAUAUUUCCAAUGCGACAUAUCCACUCCUUCGUCAAAUCGACAAUCUUCGAACAUCAUAUACUUCACAAAUAAAUUCUCUUGAAAAAACCGAACGACAACUAACUGAUCGUCUUGCUGAAAUGCAAUCUCAAUAUGCCACAAGUGUUGAACAUGAACGUGUAGCUAAUGAAACAUUAUUAGAAACAAAUGCUAAAUGGAAAUUAGCUGAAGCACAAUUAUCAACAUUAAGACAAGAUAAAAUACGUCUAACAUCUGAAAUCGAUAUUCUUAAAAUGAAAUUAACUAAUUUUGAAGAUGCUAAACAAAGAGAAAAAAGUCAAAUGGAAUCAAUGCAAGAAGCAUUUACUCAACAAAUCAAUAGUCUCAUGCAAGAAAAGCGACAAAUUGAAUUAGAUACCGAACAUGAGAAAACAAAAUAUGAAAGUGAUAUAAAAAAAUUACAAAUUGUUAAUGAUGCAUUAAAAGAACAAUCUAAUCAAUAUGAUACACAUUCCAUACAUCGUACGAGUUCAAAUCUUGAAACAUUUGCACAUCAACAUAGCCGACAUCCAUCGGGUGGACAUGAUACACCUUCGACAUUUUCAUUUGAACGUUCUGCAUUUGUUUCAACACCAAAACCAAGUGUAUAUGACUCCUUAAGAAAUACAGGUGCAAUAGCUGUAUUAGAAAGUUUAGAAUCACAAUUGAAAGAAAAAGAAGGAGAAAUAACAUUAUUACAAAGUGAAAUUUCAGAUUUAGAACGAACUAGAGAAUCAAUGGCUAGGGAAUUAGUCAAUCUAUCAACACAAAAUGAAAAAUUACAACAACAAACAGUAAAUUAUCCCGUACUUAACGAACAAUUUAAAGGAUUAGAAAGACGUUAUGAUGCUCUUUUAACAAUGUACGGGGAAAAACAAGAAGAAGCUGAUGAACUUCGACUUGAUUUAGCAGAUGUUAAGACACUUUAUCGAGCUCAGAUUGAUGAUUUAAUGAAACAAAAUUCUCAUAAUCGAUAA